AUGACUAAAUCAUGCGAAGGGUUCCUCUGGACAAAUACUGGUCUCUCCCAAGGCCUUGACACUGAAGCAGCCAUUUCGAGUUCGAAGGAUAUCAAAUCCCACUAUGAUGUUAUUGUUAUUGGAGCUGGCUUUGCAGGACUCACAUCCGCUCGAGAACUUUCACGUCACCACAAUCUAAAGGUCUUGAUUGUUGAGGGUCGAGACCGUAUUGGCGGCCGCACAUGGACGUCAAAGGCCCUUGGCGAAGAGUUUGAGAUGGGUGGAACAUGGUUGCACUGGAAUCAACCACACGUCUAUCAUGAGCUGUACCGGCACAACCUCCAUAAAAACCUGAAGACGACUGCGGGCACCUUUGCUGCGGAAAAGAUAUACUACCAACAAGCCAGAGCCCAAGUGAAACAGGUCGACGGCCUAGAUCUUGAUACACGCGUACAGAACGUCGCCGAGAAAUUUUUCGAAAUUGAUGGUCACAACAGCAAGACGUUGAUGCCAUAUCCGCACGAUCCAUUUCGAGAGCCGGCCCCCUGGAAAGACUAUGACCAUCUUACUGUACGCCAACGCCUUGAUCAAAUCGAUCUCCCAGCUCUUGAUAAAGAAUAUUUUGAAACUACGGUCAAUGCAUUUGGGAGCGCGCCUGGCAAGGAUAUCGGCUUCGUUGAAGUUCUACGAUGGUAUGUUCUAGGUGGCCAUACCAUGGUCAGAGUCUUCGAGGCAGCAGGCACCUACAAACUGGGUAAGGGAGGUAUGACCACAUUUGCUCGUGCAAUACUGCAAGAUGCAAAGUGCGACAUCCUUCUGAACAACGUCGUCUCCGAGGUCCUCUCGAACCAACGCACGGGAGCGAGUACCGUGAAAUUCCACAAUGGGCAGCACACUGUGAGCGCCAAGGCAAUCGUUUCAACCGUUCCUCUCAAUUGUUUGAGCGAUGUCAAGUUUACUCCUGAGCUUAGCGCCCUGAAACGUGAGGCUAUCGCUCAAGGUCAUAUCAACAAGGGUGCCAAAAUCCACUUCAAACUUGCUAGUACCGAGCCAGGGUGGUAUGCCAUGAGCAAUGGAUAUGGUGAUUCGCCUUACUGCUUCUCUUGGUCCGACCACAACGGCACCCAAGUGUCUGGCCCAUCUGGAACCUAUUGCAUCGGAUUUGGCUACAACGGGCACCUUGAAAAUCCGCGAGACAAUCUUACAAUUAUUGACCAAUUCAAGCGGAAUCAGCGACCAGACGCUGACGUCGAAGCGUAUGUUACGCACGAUUGGAUGAAUGACCCUUUGGCAAAAGGCGUCUGGUCUUGUUGGGGCAGCAACUCUAUGACCAAGUACCAGCAGGAACUUCAGAAGUCACACAAUCAUGUCUUUUUUGCCAGCUCUGACUGGGCCGAUGGUUGGAGAGGCUUCGUGGAUGGUGCAAUUGAGAGCGGGCUGAAGGCUGCGAAUGAUGUAGCAGCGCAGCUCCUCCCGCGUGUUAUGGAUUGUAAUAGACAGAAGCUGUAA